UCAGAGCUUCCCGAGCGCGGGGAACGAGAGUGGGAAGAAAGAGGGGAGAGCGUACCGGCCUGGACGCCCACGCAGCUGUGGCACGGGCUACGAGCUGGCCCCGCCGGCGGUCUCACAGCGCCGCUCCCCUUCCCACCAGGGAGGGUGGCUGAGCGGAGAGCGGGAGCAUGCUGCGCCUCGUGUCGCUGAAGUUCGGCCGCCUGUGCCGCUACGUGAAGCUGCUGUUCGCGGCCAGCCUGCUGCUGCUGAUGCUGCUCAACACGCACUCGCUGCUCGCCUCCUUCCAGCGCAACGAGCUCACCGAGCGCCGCUUCCUCAGCCUGAAUAAGUGCCCGGCGUGCUUCGGCAGCAGCUGGUGCCGCAAGUUCAUGAACGGGCAGCUGAGCUUCGAGGGCUGGGGCAGAGUGCGGCUGCUGGACUUCUUCAACGUCAAGAACGUGCACUUCGCCCAGUACGGGGAGCCCCGGGAGGGCAGCCGCCGCGUCGUGCUCAAGCGCCUGGGCUCCAACCAGGAGCUGGCCGAGCUGGACCAGCGUAUCUGCAAGAGAGCCACCGGCCGGCCGCGCUGCGACCUCAUCCAGGCCAUCUACAAGAGCAACUUCGCCCGCCUCAACGGGGACGUCCGGCUGCUCACCCCGGACGUGGUGGAGGGCUGGUCGGACCUGGUGCACUGCCCCUCGCAGCGGCUGCUGGACCGGCUGGUGCGGCGCUACGCCGAGACCAAGGACUCCGGCAGCUUCCUGCUCAAGAACCUGAAGGACACGGAGCGUAUGCAGCUGCUGCUCACCCUGGCCUUCAACCCCGAGCCUCUGGUCCUGCAGAGUUUCCCAUCGGAUGAAGGCUGGCCUUUUGCUAAAUACCUGGGAGCGUGCGGAAGAAUGGUGGCUGUAAACUAUGUUGGAGAAGAACUCUGGAGUUUCUUUAAUGCUCCGUGGGAGAAACGCGUGGACCUUGCCUGGCAGCUAAUGGAGAUUGCUGAACAGCUCACGAACAAUGACUUUGAAUUUGCACUUUACCUCUUAGACGUCAGCUUUGACAACUUUGCUGUUGGAUCCCGCGACGGGAAAGUAAUCAUCGUUGAUGCUGAAAAUGUUCUGGUAGCAGAUAAAAAAAUAAUUAAACAAAAUAAACCAGAGAACUGGGAUGUAUGGUACGAAAGUAAAUUUGAUGACUGUGACAAAGAAGCGUGCCUGUCUUUCUCAAAGGAGACUCUGUGCUCUCGUACUACAGUGGACCAUAACUACUAUGCUAUCUGCCAGAAUCUUCUAUCUGGACAUGCUACCUGGCGUGGCACUUCAGGGGGUCUUCUGCACGACCCUCCAUCUGAAAUUGUCAAAGACGGCCAUCUUGGGGCACUGCUGGACGAAUGUGCAAACCCAAAGAAAAGAUACGGCAGAUUUAAAGCUGCCAAGGAACUGAGAGAAUACCUUGCACAACUGAGUAAUAAUGCAAGGUAGUCCAUGCUGUUUGGAUUCCGUUUAUUUUUCUGCUUUGUAGCAAUGGGAAGGUUUUAUUACACUAUGGUAUUGGGUUAAAUUACUGUCGUACAGGCAGGCGUUUUCUAUACAAGCCUUGUGGAUGCCAUGGAAUGAAUCUGGUGCCAGAGAGAGAGAGCACUGCAUACAAUCCUUAGCAAUCAUGCCAGUACAUGUUCUUAUCUAAUUAAAACUUCUGAAACUACUAUUGAUUUUUCUCUCUGAUUAUCUGAGAGGCAGAUUAGAUGAGGACAUUCAGGUGACUUGGGGAUAAUAGACUUUUGUAGCUUCAUUGAUUAUUCAUGUGUCAAAAAGUAGUUGACAUGACCUAUAUUUCAUUGGUCUCACAAUUUUUGUGACGCUGAUGCCUUUACUUGGAAAGUUCAAGUUAAGACCGCUGGCCUGUUUUAAAGGCUUUUUUCAUGUUUGUAUGUUUAAAACACCAGUUUCUGGCUCUUGAUUUAAGUUUGGGAUCUUGUCUUUGUUGUGUUCUGUUUCCAAUUGAUGAUGUUCAUGGAAGGAGUACUGUAUUUUUAUUUUUAAAGGGCAGGAUUCCUAAUAUUUUUUUUAUAGUGUCUUUGAUCUAUGCUGUAAAUAUGUUACCCCAGUUCUACAUUAAAAUUUAGUCAUUCUUUGA